GGCAGCGCCUCGUGGCGCGGUGCCCGGCGCGGAGGCGGCGCUGUGGGCCGGCGGUGCCGGGGCGCUCCGCGGCUGAGCCCCGCGCCGCGUUCCGUCCGGCCUGCGCGGGGCCCGGCGGGGCGAUGUAGGGGACAUGCCCUGACGGGUCGACGAGCGGUCGGGGCGCCGCCUGCGAGGGCACAGCUGCGCCAGCGGAGCCACCCGUGGCGGGUCGGCCGCGCCCGGCCAGGCCCCCGAGCGCCGCCGCUAUGGCUGGGGCCGGGCUCUGGACGAGCAUCAAGUCCCUGCUAGGGAGGAGCGAGGACCCUCUGUUCCUGAACGACUCCAGUGCCUUUGACUUCUCGGACGAGGUGGGGGACGACGACUUCCCCAGGUUUAACAAACUGCGCGUGGUGGUGGCGGACGAUGGCUCGGAGGCGGCCCCGGAGACACCGGCGAACGGAGCGUCCCCGGGGCUGCCGUCCGACGACGAGUCCCUGCUGGACCGGGACAUCGCCCUGCGCAGCGCCCGGGCCGGCCGGCCGGACCCCUGCAGCGGCUGCAGCAGCCGGCGGGAGCGCUCCAAGCAGAGGAAGGUGAAGAAGCGGCUGACGCUCGCUGCCCUCCUGUACCUCCUCUUCAUGACGGGGGAGCUCAUAGGUGGCUAUGUUGCUAACAGCCUAGCAAUUAUGACAGAUGCACUUCACAUGCUAACUGACCUUAGUGGUAUUAUUUUGACCCUCCUCGCUCUCUGGCUGUCUGCAAAAUCUCCAACAAAGAGGUUCACUUUCGGAUUUCAUCGCUUAGAAGUACUGUCAGCCAUCAUUAGUGUACUGCUGGUCUAUAUCCUUAUGGCAUUCCUCUUGUAUGAGGCUGUUCAGAGAACUAUCCAUAUGGACUAUGAAAUAAAUGGUGAUAUUAUGCUCAUCACAGCAGCCGUCGGUGUUGCCGUUAACUUAAUAAUGGGGUUUUUGCUGAAUCAAUCUGGCCACCUUCACUCCCACUCCCAUUCCCAGCCUCACUCUCACGUACCUCGGCCGAGCUCUCCGAACACAGCCCAGGGCAGCAGCCAUGGACACAGCAGCCUGGCUGUGAGAGCAGCCUUUGUCCAUGCCCUGGGGGACCUGGUACAGAGCAUUGGGGUGCUUGUAGCUGCCUACAUCAUCCGCUUUAAGCCAGAAUACAAGAUUGCUGAUCCUAUAUGUACAUAUGUAUUUUCCAUACUGGUGAUUUUUACAACAAUUCGAAUUCUGUGUGACACGGGAGUUAUUAUUCUGGAAGGAGUUCCAAGGCACUUAAAUGUGGAUCGCAUCAAGGAAGAUUUGAUGAAAAUUGAAGAUGUUUAUUCUAUAGAAGAUUUAAAUGUUUGGUCUCUCACUGCAGGAAAAACAACUGCCAUAGUCCACUUGCAACUAGUUCCUGGUAGUUCAUCUAAAUGGGAGGACGUUCAGACCAAGGCCCGACAGCUGUUGCUGAACACGUUUGGAAUGUACAAGUGCUCUGUCCAGCUUCAGAGUUACAAACAGGAAAUGAGCAAAACCUGCGCGAGUUGUCAGAGUUCCAGUGCCUAAUUUCAUACGUUUUGGGAACUGCUGCCUUAUUCUUUACCUUGUGUAGUCAAAGACUGAGAGCAAUAAAUGCAAAAUGAAAAUUA